AUGGCAGAUGCAAUUCCGGAUGCAUCGCCUACGGCAAUUGGCCGUAGGAUUGUGACAAAGGUCGAUUGGCACCUUGUACCGACACUUUUCGGCACCUGUCUGUUCUUUUACAUGGACAAGGGUAUUCUGUCCAGCGCAUCCGUUUUUGGCCUGGAGAAGGAUCUGCAUCUGGUCGGCCAGGAUUACAGCUGGUCCUCGAGCGUCUACUAUUUUGGGUACUUGUUCUGGAUGGGGCCGUCUGCUUGGAUGUGCUCGCGGCUGCCCAUUGCUAAAUACCUGACCCUCAACACGCUCAUCUGGGGCCUCAUCGUUGGUCUGACUGCCGCUUGCACAAGCUUUGGCGGCCUGGCAGCCAAUCGCUUCUUUUUAGGAGUCGCCGAGGCCGUUGUCAAUCCGGCCUUUAUGUACAUCACUUCGACCUGGUAUACACGCGAUCAGGUUCCCAAGCGCACCAGUCUCUGGUUUACCGGAAAUUCGAUUGGAGGUCUGGUUGCAGCCCUCUUCGCCUACGGUGUCGGCCACAUUUCUCAUCCUCUACACCCGUGGCGUUGGAUGUACAUCAUUCUUGGCAUUCUGACGGCGAUCUGGGCAGGGUGCAUAUUCUUCCUACUGCCAGACAGUAUCUCAAGGGCAAGGUUCUUGACCGAGGACGAACGACAGUGGGCGGCGGAUCGUGUUGUCCUGGCCGGGACAGGACGCACUGAAAAAGCGCCCUGGCGAUGGGAGCAGGCUGUCGAAUGUCUGGUCGACCCAAAGACGUGGUUCAUUGUUGCCAUCUUGUUUUGUGUCCAGCUUCCGUCUGGCGGCAUUCAGAGCUUCGCCAACAUUGUCAUCAAGUCAUUCGGCUUCUCCUCCCUUGAAUCGACUCUGUUGUCGAUCCCAUCAGAAGUGAUUGCCGCCUUGUCCAUUGCUAUUACUGGCUAUUUUGCUGGCCGCUAUCGCAACCUCCACUGUCUGAUGAUCAUCCUUUCCGUCAUCCCUGUCCUUGUCGGCGGAGCCAUGAUUUACAAAAGGAAGCACAUCUCCAAAGGCGCUCAGCUUUUCGCGUACUUUCUCAUCCAGACAACCUUUGCGCCUGUGCCACUUCUCAUGUCACUAAUUCAGACGAACUACAAGGGUGUUACAAAGAAGAUGACCAUGACGGCAAUAUUUUACAUUGUCUACUGCGCAGGAAACAUUGCCGGUCCCCAGCUAUUCAAAUCGAAAGAGGCACCUGCCUAUCCUACCGCCUUCAAGGCAAUUAUGGCAUGCCCAGCUCUCGUUAUCGCUCUCUGUAUUGCCUUCCGGAUCUACUUGCUAUCGCUCAACGCCAAGCGUGUUCGGGUGGAAGGAUUGGAAGGCAGCGCAGGUGUUUCAGGGGCUGUUGCGGGAGGCAAGGUCUUUGAGAUAGGGCAUAAGUCUUCCGAAACUGACAUGGCUCUUCAGCAAAUCGAGCUUCAGGCUGAGGACUACGAUGAUGUCACAGACUGGAAGACGCUCGGUUUUAGGUAUAGAUACUAG